UUAAAAACACUGCCGCGGAGAUCAUGGCGCACAACCACUGUACUGGGCAGCUGUAGAUAUAUUACAUUUAUAUAUAUUAAUAAUAAGACUCGAUGAGUUUCGUAUGCUGAAGCUUUACAAACACGAACUACGCUGAAGAAAAGUUGUGAACUAAUAUACACUAGGUACACUUACAAUGUUAGCUACCUAUGCUAACAUGUUGUAAGAAAAUCCGUAGGAAUCACCGGCUAACUUCAGUUUUUUUAGUUGAGCAAAACGUUAUAUAUUUUCUAUCUUAUUGUCAGUGUAUUCCAGUAAACAACACCGAACAACUGAACAACUCGUUUAAUCAAUAAACAAACACUAGGUCUGUUCCUUAGCUGCAGAAUUAGCUUGUGUAUAAGGUUACUAGCACAUUUAACGGUGUUUGUUUACAUUCAUUUGAGCCACCCGGAGUGGUUUUUCGUUGCUUGGUUACGUGGCUGGACUCGCUGUGUCUCCAUAUGCCAUCAGAAGCAGUGCGUCUGGGUCGGAAGCGGCCUGUACCUUCCUGCCCCAACCCUCUCUUCCUCGAGUGGCUCACUGAGAUGCGUGAUCACGCCAAAGAGAAAGGCCUCAAGACACAGUACGUCUAUCAGAAGGCUAUAAUUUCUUUAAAAAAGUAUCCACUGCCACUGAAAAACGGCAAAGAGGCCAAAAUCCUGCAGAACUUUGGGGACGGAAUCUGUAAGAUCCUGGACGAGAGGCUUGAGAAACAUUACAGAGAAAAUGGUGCUAAUGCUCCUGUUCACUGCCUCCCUCAUAGCGCUGAACCCUGCAGCAACAGCCUGCCUUCCACCAAAUCAUCACACUGCUCCAACCUUCCUGCUCUAAAGGGUGGAAGAAACAUGAGCAAGGCUAAAGCUGAUGUAGGACAGGAGAAAGGAGGAAAGAAGAAAAGGGAGUAUGUCCCUCAGAAGAGAUCAGGAGGCUACGCUGUUCUGCUCACAUUGUACAGACAUUCACAGAUACCUAACAGUAAAGGCUUCAUGUUUAAAAAUGAACUACAGACAGAGGCACAGUCCCUUUGUGAUAAAUCCUUCACUGUACCUGAUCUAGGUAGUAAAUACACAGCCUGGACUUCAGUAAGCACCCUCAUUCAGAAAAACUUGCUACUGAAAACACACAACCCUGCCAGGUAUUCAUUGACAGAGUUUGGUCUGGCUCUGGCAGAAAGACUGGAGUCUGAAGAGCAGUUGGUAGAUGGACAAGCGGAGGAGAGGAAGAGUCAGGCUGAGGACUCAGGGGAUGGACCGGUUACUGUAGACCUGACUCUGCAUGAAGACAAAGAAAAACAAGACAGCUGCAUCCCAGGAGUUGUGUCUAGCAGAGCCAUCUCAGUAACCCAUGCAGGUAGCGCUUCGCUAUCAGAAAAGUUUCACAGCUCAGAGAAAGAGAGAGCUGCAUAUCUUCUCCCUGGAGACUAUGACAUUGUGCUGUGUGUUGACUUUAUAGAGACCACUGGAGGGAACACAGCACGCAAACAAGAAUUGGUCAAGGAACUACAGAGAAACGGUGUGACCUUUGACAUCAGAAAACUAAAUGUAGGCGACUUCCUGUGGGUUGCUCGUGAGAAAGUGGCACCUGUGCCCGGUCAGUUGCGUCCACCUGUGGCAAAAGAGCUGGUGCUUGAUUACAUCAUUGAGAGGAAGCGAAUAGAUGACCUGUGUGGAAGUAUAAUGGAUGGUCGCUUCAGAGAACAGAAGUUCCGUCUGAAGAGGUGUGGUCUGCAUAAACCCAUCUACCUGGUGGAGCAGUGUGGUUCAGCAGCAGCACACCUCAGUCUACCAGAAAGCACUUUGCAACAAGCUAUAGUUAAUACACAGGUGGUAGAUAACUUCUUUGUGAAGAAAGUUCAGGAUGUUAAAGAAUCAGCUGCCUACCUCACAGUCAUGACCAGAUAUCUGCAGAAACUUUAUCAGAAUAGGACAUUGUACUACCGCUCCAGAGAACUGGACCAAGAUGAAGAGUGUGACACCGAGAAUGGAGGCAGGGAAGGUGAAAACCCCCACUGCUCACUUAUCUCCUUCACAGACUUCAACUCUGGAGCUUUGAAAAACAAGUCUCAGACAGUUAGAGAGGUUUUUGCUCGACAGCUGAUGCAGAUCAGUGGAAUCUCUGGUGACAAAGCGGCUGCUAUAUUAGAGCACUACAGUACAGUAAGCAGUUUAUUGAAUGCAUACAACCAGUGUUCCACUGAUGCUGAGAGAGAAAAGCUCCUCUCAUCCAUCAAAUAUGGCAAACUUAAAAGAAACAUUGGGCCAGCCCUUAGUCGGACUGUAUACCAGCUUUACUGUACAGAAGGACCACUAUCGUAAUCACACACUAUUGCUGUCCAUUCUUCAUCAAACUGCAAUGCAGUGAUUAUUGCAUUGCAGUUUAUUCCCUAACCAGUUUUAGAGGAUGUGCAAUAAAUAAAUGAAUCAAAUAAAGAUUUAUAUUUCAUA